GCAGCCGGAUGCCGUGGCGAGCGGAGCCUCCUGCAAAGGCUGCGCGCGCGUGCCGAGCGGCAGCAGGGAGACGCCGGGCAGCCCCGCCGGAGAGACUGGCCGAGGCGAUGCCAGGCGGCCCCGGGCGUCAGAGCCGUGGAGGCGCGGGCACGAGGCACCGCUGCUGACUCGCGGCCGCGACGGACGGAUCCCGACGGCCCGCCCGGGGCGCAGCAAGCUGGGCAGAGCGAGAGGGGCGCAAGAGCCGAGGGGGCCCGCCGCCAGGACGCGCCGCCCACCGAUGCCCUGAUGUUUGCCCUUCUUUGCAAAUACCGAGUCUAUAUGAGAUUGGCCAAUGCACAGACAAUAGCUGUGAAGCCCCAGUAGGAGAAUGAGUGAGAGGGACAUCCGAAGCUUGAGCAAAGGGGUAUUGGUGCUCUCUCUCUGCUUUAUAACGCUAUGGGGAAGGCUGACUCUGGCCUCAUCACACCACAGAAGCCAUUCAGUGCACAUAGAGCCUGGCACAUGCGAAGUCAUUGCUGCUCACAGAUGCUGCAAUAAGAACAAGAUUGAAGAGCGCUCGCAAACAGUGAAAUGUUCCUGCUUUCCAGGUCAGGUGGCUGGGACGACGCACGCUGCUCCUUCAUGUGUAGACGCCUCAAUAGUGCUUCAGAAGUGGUGGUGCCAAAUGCAACCAUGUGUAGAAGGAGAAGAGUGUAAAGUGCUACCAGAUUUGUCCGGAUGGAGCUGCAGUACGGGAAACAAAGUAAAGACCACCAAGGUGACAAGGUAGAUUUGAGAAGAUCUGCUCUCAUCUGAUAUGCAUCUGUGUUGACAUGGCUGGCACUGCAGAAAUGGCACAACGUGGCUUUUUCCCAGGUGCAAGAUAUUCCUUCUAUGUUCUGAAGACCUGGAAACAGAAGGACCUCAUUGGCACAGGAUAGGAUGCAAUUGUGGUAUAAGAUGCCUAUUUUUCAUGGGCACUUCAUUGUUCUUCCUCAUGUACACCUGCCAAGGGAGUGGUGCUGCAGUUUGCUCCCUCCUGGAAGAACAGCACCAAGGAUUACAGGAGAGGGGUGACAUACCUGUCUGGGCAGAGAUCUUGGGAAAUUUCCCUUGUUUUUGAAGAUAAAAUACUGCAUCAGCCACUGAUUCAGUGCAGCCUCUAAGGUAUUUAACCAUCAGCUGCUACUAAGUCUACAAUUAUGGGUCUUGAAUGCAGUUACAAGAACUGCUCCACAUUCUCCUUUCAUACCAUGGAUAUACCUGCAAAAGAGAAGAACGUAUUUCUUCCCCUAGUGCUCAAUUAAAUAUUGGAGUUGCAUAGAAUCUGUUGAUAACUACAAAGGGGGGGAGCAAUUUUCCUUCCUUUUAAUUCUCCUGUGUCUGUAGGCUGGCUCUGACGAUCACUAAAGAGAAUCAAGGUGUCGAGUGGGUGUCGAGUUCACAAUUCAAAAUAAAAUUUGUGUUUAUACAAAAUCUUCCCAAUUCAUGUUUUUGUCGCUUUCAUAGAAGACAGGCUUUGAGUUCUGGAAACAAGGAACCACAUUAUAAUCUUGUGGUGUGAAACUAGAGGAAUUCCAAGAAAGACCAUGCAGUUGCUCCAACACUUACCCAGUUACCAGCUUCAGAUUCUGUACCUGGACGGAUGGAAAAAUCUA